UUUAACUCCUACUUAUCUCUCUGGCUUGGCUGUCUCACUUUGAGAACGUAGAAUCUUGUGGACCGGUCAAGGUAUUUCACAAGGGUAGCAGAGCAAGUAAUAUGCAGUAUUAAUAUAUAUCAUCCUUCUCCACCGGUGACCAUUAUUUCUAAUGCCGCCAAUCUGUCGCAUACACUUCAGUGGCCCUAUCGCUUUAUCUACUUCGCUGCAUCACUUUCUCACACAGUGUUUUUUCCAGAUUUCUCUUUCUUUUUGCUAUUCCUACAUGUAUGUUUGCGGUCUACGUUUUGCUGUCUCUUUGUGACAGCCCCUCGUUUCCUUGCGGUGUGGCACAGCAGCUUUGCUGCUGAUCCACGGAUAUGCAGCUACUCCCCCACACUCAAUACUUGGUAGUAUCCAUCCGCUUAUUUUGCUAGUUCUUCUAGGACUGCGUCUUGGAAUGUUCCAAUGACUUUCAUAACAGAGGGGGAGACAACUGGUUCUAUGCAGUAGUUUUGGAACAGCUGCUCGGUCAGUCUUUGUCACCGUUUAAGAGGAGCAUACGGCAAGGUACGUAUUAUGCAGGACGGCGUUAGAGAAAGUGAAGACGGGAAUAAGGCAUUGGUUGUUAGGGCCACACGAGAGUGAAAGGUAGAGAAAGAGCUAGGCAAGGUGCAGGUGACCAAAUGUGGAAGACAGAAGUGGUCAAAAGAUGGGUCAGAGAAGCUGGUGAGUGUUCGGUUAAACUAAAGGAUCAUCGGGGCUCUCUCUUUCACCCUUUGCAGUCCGCAAAAUCGUUCUCUGGCACCUCUCACAGCCUAAAACAACUGACCCGAGAGCUGAGGACCUCCAUGGACGGAAAAUACAAGGAGAUAGCAGAGGAGCUCUUCAGUCGCUCCCUUGCUGACAGCGACAUGCGUUCUGCUCCAUAUGAGUUUCCAGAGGAAAGCCCCAUCGAGAAACUGGAGGAAAGGCGACAGCGUCUAGAGAGACAGAUUAGUCAAGACAUAAAACUUGAACCUGACAUUUUACUUAGAGCUAAACAAGAUUUUCUGAAAAUUGACAGCAGCUCGGACUUACAGUUACUCAAAGAGGAACAUGAGGAUUAUGUUGAUUAUUUCUACAAGGAAGUUGUCGCUGAAAGAGAAUAUUUGAGAGUGUCUAUCUCUGGUGAUGAGAAGUGUGGGGUGCCAUUUACUGACUUGCUGGAUGCUGCCAAGAGUGUGGUGCGAGCCCUGUUUAUUCGUCAGAAGUACAUGAACCUCUCCAUGCAGAGUUUCUGCUGGACCACUGCCCAGCACCUGAAGGACCUUAGUGAGAGAACAUUGGACAGUCCUCCUCAGGAAGAGACAGCUGACACUCCUGUGGCUGCAGAUGCCCCAGUACAUCCUCCCUUCUCAGAGCAACAUCCAUAUGAAGUAUGUGACCCCAGCACCAUGCCAUGUGAUUUAGGCUUUGGACUGAAGAUGGUGGAUGGCGUUGUUCACGUUUACAAAAAGCAGGAGGUCACAGACAUGAGCACAGAACUUGAUCUUCCGUACCCAGAUCUGCAGGAGUUUGUGGCUGACAUGAAUGUACUAAUGGCUCUGAUAAUAAAUGGUCCCAUUAAAUCAUUUUGUUACCGGCGGCUGCAGUACCUGAGCUCUCGCUACCAAAUGCAUGUUCUUCUAAAUGAGAUGAAGGAACUGGCGGCUCAGAAGAAAGUGCCUCACAGAGACUUUUACAAUAUUCGUAAGGUGGAUACUCAUAUCCACGCAGCAUCCUGCAUGAACCAAAAACACCUGCUACGCUUUAUCAAACGAGCCAUGAAAAAGAAUAGUGAAGAAAUUGUGCAUGAGGAAGGAGGCAAGGAGCAAACACUAAAGGAGGUGUUCCAGACCAUGAACCUGACUGCAUAUGACCUCAGUGUGGAUACUUUGGACAUGCAUGCGGAUAGAAACACCUUCCAUCGAUUUGACAAAUUCAACGCUAAGUACAAUCCUAUUGGAGAGUCCAUCCUGAGAGAAAUCUUCAUAAAAACGGAUAAUAAAGUAUCUGGGAAAUACUUUGCCCACAUAAUUAAGGAAGUGAUGGCUGACCUUGAAGAAAGCAAGUAUCAGAAUGCAGAACUGCGCCUCUCCAUUUAUGGACGAUCUCGGGAGGAAUGGGAUGGACUCGCUCGCUGGGCAGUGAACCACAAAGUGCACUCCAACAACGUGAGAUGGCUAGUGCAGAUCCCUAGGCUCUUUGAUGUGUUCCACAGCAAGAAACAAAUUACUCAUUUCCAGCAGAUGCUAGAAAACAUUUUCCUUCCCUUGUUUGAAGUAACUGUGAACCCAGCAAGUCACCCAGAGUUACAUCUCUUUUUGGAACAUGUGGAUGGGUUUGAUAGUGUAGAUGAUGAAUCAAAACCUGAACAUCAUAUCUUCAAUAUGGAUAGUCCAUUACCUGAGAACUGGAGGGAAGAAGACAACCCACCUUAUUCCUAUUACUUGUACUAUAUGUACGCCAACAUGACGGUGCUCAACCAUCUACGAAGGCAGCGUGGAUUUCACACAUUUGUGCUACGACCGCACUGUGGAGAAGCAGGGCCGAUUCACCACCUGGUUUCUGGAUUCAUGCUGUCACAGAAUAUCUCACACGGGCUUCUGUUGCGCAAGGCUCCAGUGUUGCAGUACUUGUACUACCUGGCACAGAUUGGCAUCGCUAUGUCACCUCUCAGUAAUAACAGUCUGUUUCUCAGUUAUCACCGGAAUCCACUACCAGAUUUCUUAUCUCGUGGCCUCGUGGUAUCUCUGUCUACAGAUGACCCACUGCAGUUUCAUUUUACAAAGGAGCCAUUGAUGGAAGAAUACAGCAUUGCAACCCAAGUUUGGAAGUUAAGCUCAUGCGACAUGUGUGAACUAGCAAGGAACAGUGUUUUAAUGAGUGGCUUUCCCCACAAGGUGAAAAGUUACUGGUUGGGCCCUCAUUACCUGCGGGAUGGACCUGGAGGCAAUGACAUCCGCAGAACUAAUGUUCCUGAUAUUAGAGUUGGUUUUCGAUAUGAGACUUUGUGUGAAGAACUAACACUCAUCACCCAGGCUCUGCAGAGUGAAGAACUAGAGGCGAUUCCGGAGGAGAUUCUGUGCAUGUCAGGUGGGCUGCCGGGAGGUACCAGAGGGGAAGAAGAAACACCAGCUUUGGGUAACGAGAAGAGCAAAUCCUUAUCAUAGAGAUAAUGCUCUAGAGGGUAGGGGAGGAAUAGGAAAAAUGAAGGCUAACCCUGAACACGAGAGGAAUGAACAUGGGGUGAGAUAGACUCAAAGGUUUGCAGACAGAGAACUUUAGCAAGAUGAGACACCACUGGUAAGGAAGACAAUGGCCUUGAAAUCACCAAGUUUUGGCAUGGGACAGGCAGACAAGAUACCUUAAAAUGUAGAUGAUACAGGGUAAUUUAAAUGUUAAGUGAACAAAACGGGGAGUAGGGAGAAAAAAAAACCUUAAAAAAGUGAGAGAAAUCUGGAGUUCUGAGAAUAAAAUAGGGCUUAAAACCAUAAUCCUGAGAAAUCAAAACUAAUUUGUGGAACGUCAGGAAAAAAAAAUCUGAGAAUUUUAAAACCUACAUAAUAGUUUCUCAUAGAGUGGUAAAGGUUCCAGAAAGACAACAUGAGUAGAAAAGUUGGGUUUAUUCACUUGAGAGAACUGUGGUUAACACUCUUAUUAAAAAGGGCCAGAACUAUCACCAGCAACAAGGGUUGAGCUGACCUGCAUAAUGCAUAAUUCAGUGAGAGAAAAAAUUCACUUUUUCAGCAAUUUAUUAUAUAGGGCCAGCAAAACUCUAACUGUAGCAGAAGAUCACUUGGUUAGACACUUCAUAAUGCACAGAGAAGUCAAGGGAUGGAAACCACAACUGUCCUACCAAAGUCUUUACCAUCUUUUACAUUGAAUGACCAUCAUUUGUCCAUACAGCAACCAACAAUCCCUUGCAUAAGCCAUAAGAUACCAUGCGCAAGCAUACUUGGUUUAGAGAAUUCAAAACCGUUAUGGGCCCUUCAGGAAAUCUCAUGGAUAGGAAUGCAGCUUUCUGUGUACAGCAUUGGUACUAAUCAGAUUGGAAUUAAUACUAAACACAGAACAAAACUCAGAUGCAAUGAAAGGACAAUCUGCUCAUUAAGCAGUUCUACAUAAUUAAGAUAUGAAACAAGAAGGCAUGCACAGAAACCAGAACUAUAACAUCAAUUCUAAAAAAAAUAAAAAAUUAAUGUAGUUGAUACAUUAUUUACUUACUGUACUACAUUUUUUUUAUGUGAAAGUGUCCAUUUACCUAGGAUGCUUUCGGAAUGAUUACACAGAAUAAUUGAAGUGAAAUAAACCCAACUUUCCUUUAGCAGUAAGAAAAACGCAAAAUGAUGAAGUGGUUAGUCUGGAUGAAAAAGCAAUGACAAAGAAAGAUUGAGAUGAAGCUAAAUGACAUGAAUUUUAUGGACAGUUUGUAUAUUUAAAAAAAAAUAUAUAAGUAUAAAGAAACAGUGUAAGAUGGGUUGCUCUACAAAAGAUGAGGAUUGGUUUACAUUGAGAGUAAAAGAUGACAAGACUGUUGCCAACUACACUAAGUGCAUGGUCAGGGGCAGUAAUAUUCGUAAGUUUGAGGUGACAAAAGGCUGUACUAGUCUCUUGUUUCUGCUUGGUUAUUUGCCUGUCUGUGUUCAUGUGUUUUAUCUGUCCUUACUUUGCUCUGUGUGCAUCAGAAAUACAGAAACCUAUGUUAGCAAAAUUUACCAAAAAAACAAA